GUUAAGGUUGAAGUUCAUGUGAGCGGGAUUUAUCUACCUUUUCAGAACAUUCACUGAUGCCAAUUCCAUUACUGCAGAAUGGAAAUUCUGUUUGGAUUACACACCCUGGGGAGCAUAACUUCCAUCGUCCUGCUUAUUCUUCUGAUGUGUAUGUUAUAUUCUCCAAUUAAAAGCUACAUACAUAAAUGGAGGGAGAUGAAACCAAUUCCAGGAAUGGAGCAUGCCUUCCCAUUCAUUGGUAAUGCUUUGCAGUUCAAAGCUAAUGCAGGAGAAUUUUUCAACCAGAUUGUUGAGGGGACUAAUGAAAACAGACACAGGCCUCUCGUGAAGGUCUGGGUGGGACCCAUCCCCUUCCUUGUUUUAUUUCAUGCAGAGACAAUUGAGGCGGUCCUCGGCAAUUCCAAGCAUCUAGAUAAAUCUUAUCCCUACAGAUUUCUGCACCCCUGGCUUGGCACAGGUUUACUCACCAGUACGGGAGACAAGUGGCGCAGUCGACGCAAAAUGCUGACCCCGACAUUUCACUUUUCUAUUCUCACUGACUUCCUGGAGGUCAUGAAUGAGCAGAGUGAUAUUUUGACCCAGAAGAUGCUGAAACAUGUAGGCGGAGAACCAUUUAACUGCUUCAGCUACAUUACACUCUGUGCCUUGGACAUUAUAUGUGAAACUGCAAUGGGCAAAAGUAUCUAUGCACAGAGUAAUGCUGACUCUGAAUAUGUCCAGACGGUGUAUAAGAUGAGUGACAUCAUCACUCGGAGACAGAGAGCACCGUGGUGGUGGCCUGACUGGAUUUAUAACGUGUUAGGAGAGGGUAAAGAGCAUGCAAAGAGACUCAAGAUUUUACACUCCUUCACUGCAGGUGUGAUCAAAGAGAGAGCAGAGCAUGCGAGUGAAGGAUCUGACAAUGAUUCAGACCGUGGCUCAAGAAAGAGAAGGGCCUUCUUGGACAUGCUGUUAAAAGCCAAAGAUGAUGCUGGUGCUGUGCUGAGCCAUGAGGACAUUCAGGAGGAAGUGGACACCUUCAUGUUUGAGGGGCACGACACCACAGCAGCUUCCAUGAACUGGGCCUUACAUCUGAUCGGCUCUCAUCCAGAAGUCCAGAAGAAAGUACAGGCAGAGCUACAGGAGGUGUUUGGUUCAUCACAGCGCCAUGUGGGAGUGGAGGAUCUAAAAAGACUGCGCUACCUGGAGUGUGUGAUCAAGGAAAGUCUGCGAAUCUUCCCUGCAGUGCCGCUGUUUGCGCGUAGCAUCUGUGAGGAUUGUACAAUAAAUGGUUUCAAAGUUCCAGAAGGAGUAAAUGCUGUGAUCAUCCCAUAUGCUCUCCAUCGCGAUCCUCGUUUCUUUCCGGAGCCUGAGGAGUUUAGACCAGAGCGCUUCCUUCCAGAGAACAGCACAGGAAGACACCCGUAUGCAUACAUCCCGUUCUCCGCUGGUGCUCGAAACUGCAUUGGCCAGCGAUUUGCUAUGAUGGAAGAGAAGGUAGUUCUUGCCACAGUGUUACGUCACUUUGAAGUGCAGGCGUGUCAGAGUCGUGAAGAGCUGAGACCCCUGGGGGAGCUCAUCCUCCGUCCAGAGAAGGGCAUCUGGAUCCGACUAGACAAGAGGGCCAACUAAACCCAAGUCACGUCUUGCAUGCAAUGUAUGUAGUUCUUCAGGUAUGGGGCAGAGAGAUAUUGGCUGUCAUUUGUGGUACAUUACAGUCAGCACACACACAUGUAUGGCAUAGGAAUUCUCUUGUACUCAAACUGUAGACUUUGAGUCACUACUUUGUGUGUUCCCGUGCAUCCAGUAGAAACCUACAGUUUUCCAUGCCUUAAAUAUCAUACAGUGAGAGAUAUUUGCUCUUUUCUGUAGCACACUGUAUAUACAUUAGUUAACAAGAUAUUUAAAAAAAAAAUAAAAACAAACUGCAUCAAUAACGAUUGCUACUUUGAAUCAUUGUCUUAAGGUACAUAAAAUGAUCUGCCAACAUAUUGAAUGGAUAAGCUGAUCAUAAUUCAUAAAACAAAAUAUUACUAUUAAGGUAAAAAAAAGAAAAAAAACGCUGGGAUGGAAACUCCAGCUGUGAAUAAAAUCUCCAAAAUGCACAUAAGCUUACUGCGCUCAGUUAAGGUUGAUAAUUUAUUUAAAUUUUUUAUUACGAAGACCUGCGCAUAAACUACGAUGGAAACACAUUUACUGAAUAGGUUUCCUCGAUGCGCAUCCAAAAAGUCAUGUGACUUUGCCUCAACAAAUCAUGUGAUUGGAUAAUCGCCUCAGAAAAGUAAAAAUGGCAGAGAGCGAGAUGCACCAGUUUCCCCAGAAGUUACAAUUUUGUUCACAUGGAAAGGAAAGGGUGCUUCAUUCGCAAAUGUUUUAUGUGAUAUUCCUGAUGUUUCCUGAGAUGUUUCCUGACCAUCCGUGUUAAUGUAAAUGUAUGAUUUCUUUUAUGUACACUGACCUAGUGCAGAAUAAACUGUCAACUCUG